UCAUUCAGGAUAGUGGUAACUUACACUCGAACUUUGCUUGAUCUCACUGAAUCUAUGUAUUAGACGCUGGCAAUGGCAACGCGCGUCGCGACACGCUCGCGCCGCGCGUGCACGUGAGCAGAUCUAACCUGUCGAUCUGUGUCCGCCUUCGCGGAAGUCGUCCACAGAACGAGGCCACUGCUCUGCCCACACCUCCAAGUGCAUUGAGGACCACCUACACACCGUCUGACCCGUGCCAGAGAGAUGCCCCCGCAGCUGGGAGCCUUUGCGAUACCGUAUUCCGCCCAGCACAAGACACGCCCUGCGGCGAACGCUGAGAUUGUGGAGGUGGGCACCUCGUACCAGCCACAGCCUGCCGCGGGGCCGAGCCGGAUACAUGCCAAUGGAACAGAUGACGCAGCAAAGAAGGACAAGCGGAGGAAGGAGAUCGUUGGGAAGGCCCUAGGGAAAGAAAUGAACGAUCGCCGCGAAGAAGUCAUCGGGCGACACUACGCAGAGAUGAUCGCAGAGCUGCACCACACCUCCAUCCAGCUCUCCAUGCACCCCGACACGCUGCCCGCGUACAACCUGCGGGUGUACCCCCUCUCCCUCGAGCGCUCCGCCCUCCUCGCGCAGCUUGUCUUCCAGGAGAAGCACGCGCUCGAUGUCGUGCAGACCGCGUACGAAGAGGAGAGGGACAGAGUUGAGGAGGAGUGGCGUAAGGGCCGGGAUCGCAUACGCGAGCGCUUGUUGGAAGGCAUCGAGGAGCGGAGACGUAGGGCGAGGGAUGAAAAGGAGAGCGAUGGACCGGCGGCAGAAACCGGGCUCGAUUCCCAGUCCCGCACACACAACACCCGCAAACUGCGCAACAAACUCGGGGGCGGCACCUCCCCUCCCUCCACGCCGCUCUCCGCCGCCGCCCCGGGCGCGGGCACCCUCGGCGCGAUCACCGCAGGGCCCAUCACCUCCGGGCCGUUCCUGAACCCGCAUUCGCUCGCCGUCGACGAGCUCCCCUCGCCCUUCCCGCUCCCGCUCACCUCCACGCACAUGAGCCACACGUCUGGGUACGCGUACGGCGCGAGUACGACGGGCGCUGGAAACGGGAAGCGGAGGGCGAGAGGAGGUGCGCGCGAGACACAGGCGGUGGGCGGCCUGGGGAAGAGCCUGCUGUUGUUGAACACGGUUAAGGACCAGGAUGUUGAGCAUGACCUCAUGGAGAUUAGAAGGGGGAAUAAGCGCCGGAGGGCUGUUACCGGCGCAGGCGCGAAGGGCUGACCCCAGUGGACAUGUUCUACGAACCGGGUUGCGUAUCUGUGUAUAUCCUCUACAGCUUGUCUACAGUGUAAAUACCCUGCCAUAGUGUGCUCUCGCGUGUACA